UCCCGUGCUCCCUCCCGUCAAAACCCUCUCCGGUGGCGGCGGCGGCGGCGGCGCUUCCUCUCCGGCGAGGCCCUGCUCCUGCAUACCUACAAGUGCUCCCAGGGAACAUGGACGGGGCUUCUGCUGUCGAGCACGAGAUGAGCGAGAUCCCAGCUGGCAUCACCUCUGACGAACAAGCCAAUCCUGCUACCAAUGCGCAGGAAGAACCGGAGAUGCCAUCCGACGAGGAACUCAAGGGCCAAAUCAACGAGGAAUCCGGGGACCUGAACGAGGAAGCGCAGGCGAACGUGAACGAUGGGAAUGCGGAGGACCUCGAAGAGCCGGCGAACGUUGCGGGCGGGGAAGCUGGGGCGGAGCAGCUGGCUGAUGUGGAGAUGGAGGAGAAGAAGUGGCCGGGGUGGCCCGGGGAGAGCGUGUUCCGCGUGCUGGUCCCUGCCCAGAAGGUGGGCGCUGUCAUUGGCCGCAAGGGGGAGUUUAUCAAGAGGAUGUGUGAGGAGUCCAGAGCUCGCAUCAAGAUCCUUGAUGGCCCGCCAGGUGUUCCGGAAAGGACUGUAAUGAUUUCGGCAAAGGAUGAACCGGAUGCACUGGUUCCUCCAGCUGUUGAUGGUUUGCUGAGAGUACAUAAUAGAAUAACAGAUGGUUUAGAUGGUGAAUCUGAGCAGCCUCAGCGAGGUGCUGGUCCUGUAGGGCCAACACGUCUACUUGUGCCAGCUUCCCAAGCUGGCAGCCUGAUUGGCAAGCAAGGGGCAACCAUUAAAUCCAUACAGGAUGCUUCAAAAUGUGCUCUCCGCAUUCUUGAGAAUGUGCCACCUGUGGCAUUAAAUGAUGACAGAGUUGUCGAGAUACAAGGUGAACCCAAUGAUGUUCACAAAGCAGUGGAACUGAUUGCAAACCAUUUGAGAAAAUUUCUUGUUGACCGUAGUGUUCUCCCUCUGUUUGAAAUGCAGAUGAAAGUGCACAAUGUGCCCAGAGAACAACCUAUGCCUGCGCCUCAGCAGUGGGGUCCUCCUCCACCCUGGAGUCAUCCACCAAACAUUCCUCCCAGUGGCCCUCCUGGUUAUGGCGGGAAUCAACAUUUUAUGCCUCCACGACCACAAGAUAACUAUUAUCCUCCUCCUGAUGCACACCCUGUGGAAAAGCAACCACACUACGGGAUUUCUUCAUAUGGGCGUGAUGCACAUCCAACUGGCGCUCCUCCUUCCUCAGGGAAUCAACACCUACAACAUGGGUCUUCCCAAAUUGCCCAAAAGAUGCAAGUUCCUCUUUCCUAUGUUGAUGCUGUGAUUGGGUCUGCUGGUGCCAAUAUUAGCUACAUCCGCAAGCAUAGUGGUGCAACAGUAAGUAUUCAAGAAGGUGUUCCUGGAGAGAUGACGGUCGAGAUUGUAGGGAGUGCUUCACAAGUUCAAACUGCUCAGCAGCUGAUCAAGAAUUUCAUGGCUGAAGCUUCUCCGCAAGUUCCUCCACCUGGUCCUGCUCCCUCCCAACCACUUGACUCGAGCUACAACUCAUACCCGCAGUAUGGAGGACCGUCGUAUGGAUCCCCUCCAGGCAGUGCAGGUCCUGCCCCUCACAAUGGAGGAAGCUAUGGCGCGCACUACCCGCCAAACUACGGUUACUAGCUGUGGCAUCAAAAACUCUAGGGUUUAGUGACGUACUUGGUUUUGUUGUUCCGCCUGUUAAUCUGUUGAGAACGUGAGAGAUUAUUAGGUUUUCCGAUCUUCUGGUGGUGUAAACUCCUCUCUGACGCCAGUGACAACUGUUCUCUGAUACAUUGUUUACUUGCUUUUCGGCAUGCUGUAAACUUAGUCAUUAA